CCAGUCCAGUAAAAUCAGAGUGAGGUGACACAGCAUAUAAGAAGUGCAGCUCAGAGCUGUGCUGUUGUCUCAAAGCUAAGGCAGGGUGGCUGGUGCCCCACAGUGUAUCAUUACUGAGUGCGGAGAACUACGCCGAUGAUGCUGUUGACAGUGUCUCUGCUCCUCCUGCUGGUGUCCCCCUCUCUGGGGGCCCCACUGACGGGCCCCCGCACGAGGCCCCGAAACAAACUCCUGCUCAUCUCUUUCGACGGGUUCCGCUGGGACUACGACCGAGACGUGGACACCCCUAACCUGGACGCCAUGGCGCGGGACGGAGUCAAAGCCGCCUAUAUGACUCCACCGUUCCUGACCAUCACCAGCCCCUCACACUUCACACUGCUGACAGGACGUUACAUUGAGAAUCACGGAGUGAUCCACAACAUGUGGUUCAACACAACCACGCAGGAAAAGAAGCAGUACUACAUGGCGCAGUUCGUUGAUGAGUACUGGGAUAACGGCAGUCUCCCAAUCUGGAUCACUGCUCAGAGGCAGGGUCUGAAAGCAGGGUCGUAUCACUUCCCCGGCACAGCAGCCACCUACCAAGGCGAGAGGGUGCAGGUGAGCGAGGUAGAGCCGCGCUUCUACGACUACUCCAACGAGACGGAAUGGCGGAUGAAUAUCGACACGGUGGUCGGGACCUGGCUCGGUGAGCAGGGCUUGGACUUUGUCUCGCUUUACUUCGGGGAACCGGACGUCACGGGACACAAAUACGGUCCAGACUCACCAGAGCGCAGGGAGAUGGUGAAGCAGGUGGACCGGACGGUGGGCUACGUCCGCACCGCUGUCCAAAAACACGGUCUGGCCGACCGCCUCAACAUCAUCAUCACCGCAGACCACGGCAUGACCACAGUGCUCAGGAAUGGCCUGGUGCAGGAGAUCAUCUUGUCCCAGAUCCCUGGCUUCUCCUUCCGAGACGUCCAGUUCCAUCUGCUAGACUACGGCCCUACUGGCAUGAUGCUGCCCAAGGAGGGAAUGCUGGACAAGGUCUACAACGCCCUGAAAGGAGGGCAUCCCAACCUGCACGUCUACAAGAAGGAGGACAUGCCUGGCCGCCUCCACUACUCCAAACACCCUCGCAUCCUGCCCCUCAUACUCAUCUGUGACCCUGGCUAUGUCCUCAAUGGGCUGCUCCCAGUGCAAUACAGCAAGGGGGAGCAUGGCUACGACAACAGCUUCAUGGACAUGAAGCCCUUUUUCAGAGCGGUGGGGCCUGAUUUUCACAAAAACCUGGUGGUGGGACCGUUUGAAUCAGUGAGCCUGUACCCCCUGAUGUGCCACUUAUUGGGCAUCACACCUCAAAUCAAUGACGGGUCCCUAGAUGACACCCGACAAAUGUUAGCCUCCACUGAGGACAAAGGCACUAGUGGAGAUUCUGGGAGUGUCCAGUCUAAUGUCUUUACUGGUUUGGCAGCAGCGGCUGGGUUUUUGGUUGCAGUUGGCACGGUGGUCACAGUUCAUUCCACAUGCAAAAGAAGGAAAGACAGACUGAAAUCCAAAGAAGAUAUCUUUGAGGACACAAAGGAAACUUCUCCACAAACAUCCUUCUGAGAGGGCUGUUGUAAACAGCACCUGCAGUUAGCGCUGAUCAGUUUAUCAGUCAAAAUGGACAUGAAUUCAAGACUGGCGUGAACAGGCUGCAACGUGCGUGAUAAAGUAAUAAGAACAUUGCACACAAGGUUCAAAAAGUUCCAGGUAGUUGCUGUUCAGUUUAUCACAUGCCCUAAAUGCUACCCAAGCAGAAAAACAGCUGAAUAUAUAGCUGUAACAUUGCUGUUGGCAGGAGGAAGCCUAAGUUAAUAUGAAUAAAUGAAUAGUGAUAAUGCAUGGUGGGCCUUCCUCAUUCAUUUAAGCUGAAGUAAUGAUCAAUAAUGACAAGGUCCCACAAUUAGCAUGUUUUUGUUUUCACAGACUGUUAAACCUUUCUAUACAUCAAAGUGUCAGUUCAAUGUGAAUGAUAAGACAAACUGUAAUAACAUCACAGUAAAUCAGCUGCACAGGGACAGUUGCUACAUCAGGGUAAGGAGGAAGCAAUUCACAUAUUGCAUGAGUUUAUAUGGUCAAUCCACACUUUUGUAUUCAGUUGAUUUUAUUCUGAAUUAUUAAGAGCAUUCGUGUAUAUUCUUUUUUUCUAGUUUAACUAAAUAAACAAACAUUAGCUACAA